AUGGCCCUCAAUCUUCGUAAAAACCACCCAUUACUAAAAACCAUCAACGACGCUCUGAUCGACCUUCCCACACCAUCAAACAUCUCAGCCUGAUGAAACUUCGGAUCACUACUAGGCAUCUGUCUCAUCACACAAAUUGUCACCGGUCUGUUACUAGCCACACACUACACAGCAGACACCUCCUUAGCCUUCACCUCAGUCGCCCAUAUAUGCCGAAAUGUACAAUUCGGCUGACUAAUCCGCAACCUCCAUGCAAACGGAGCCUCAUUCUUCUUUAUCUGCAUUUACCUACACAUCGGACGAGGAUUUUACUACGGCUCCUACCUGAACAAAGAAACUUGAAACGUCGGAGUCAUUCUCCUCCUACUCUUAAUAGCAACUGCCUUCGUAGGCUAUGUACUUCCAUGAGGACAAAUAUCCUUCUGAGGAGCCACAGUAAUCACCAACCUCUUUUCAGCAAUCCCAUACAUUGGCCAGACACUAGUAGAAUGAGCAUGAGGAGGGUUUUCAGUAGACAAUCCAACACUAACCCGAUUCUUCGCCCUCCACUUCCUACUCCCAUUCCUCAUUGUAGGCCUCACGCUAGUUCACCUCACAUUCCUACACGAAACAGGCUCAAACAACCCACUAGGCAUCCCUGCGGACUGCGACAAAAUCCCAUUCCACCCAUACUACUCUACAAAAGACAUCCUAGGCUUCGCACUCAUGCUCAUCCCACUUGUCGCCCUAGCCCUAUUCUCCCCCAACCUCCUAGGUGACCCAGAAAACUUCACACCAGCCAACCCACUAGCCACUCCCCCACACAUCAAACCCGAAUGAUACUUCCUGUUCGCAUACGCCAUCCUACGCUCUAUCCCAAACAAACUAGGCGGCGUACUAGCCCUAGCUGCAUCCGUACUAGUCCUAUUCUUAACCCCUUUACUCCACACAUCCAAACAACGCUCACUAACUUUCCGACCUAUCUCACAAGUCCUAUUCUGAACCCUAGUUGCCAACCUCUUCAUCCUAACCUGAGUCGGUAGCCAACCAGUUGAACACCCAUUCAUCAUCAUUGGCCAACUAGCCUCCCUCUCUUACUUCACAAUCAUCCUAGUCCUAUUUCCACUUGCAGCCGUACUAGAAAAUAAAAUACUAAACCUCUAA